CAUUAAAUAUCUUAGUAUAGAAUGUAGGGUUAUGUUACAUAAUGUCAAAAAGUAAACAAAAAAUUCGCUGAAGCCCUACAAAUAAAAGUUUAAACAAUGUCAAGAAAAAUAUUCACAAGCGGAUAUCGGCUCGGGUUCAUGCCGUUUCUCUCAAACAUUUUCACCGCAGACAAACCGGACCCCGCUACUAUCAAAACUGCUCCCGUUGCCGAGCAGUUAGCUAAAGAAACUGGAUGGGACGGCAUAAAAGCGAUGUUUAAAACCGACGAGUUCGGCAACAUCACCCACGAACUAAACUCGAUUCUACAAACCACCUGGUUGAGUCUAUUUGCCGGUCUAUUGUAUGGAGGAACUCUAGAGGGACAAAAAGCUUAUGAAAAAUUCAUGAGAAACAACCAAGUGACAAGUUUUACCACACACCUGGAGGCAAAACGAAAACUUCAAGACGCAAUUACUCUGGCCCUGGGCAAAGGAGCUUUUAAAUGGGGCUUGAAAAUUGGUUUCUUCUCCACAACUUAUGUGGCCACUGCCACUGUUAUUCAGGUCUACAGGGGCAAAUAUGGGAUAAUAGAGUAUGCGGCCGCGGGGGCUGUUGCCGGUUUCGCAUAUAAGUUUUAUUCUGGACCCAGAGGCUGGAUCGUGGGUUCCGGUUUAGGAGUUGUUUUGGGUUUAGUCUGUGGGGUUACCACUUUAGGUAUUUUAAAAUUGUCUGGUUUGUCAUUACAAGAGGCAAGAUAUUAUCAGUAUCGUUGGUUGGAGAGCCGAAAUGAAGCUGUAAAAAAAGGAUUGGCUUCAUAUAUGGAAAAAGAUGAUUUCGCUGUUAUCAAGAUGCAUAAUGAUGAGGUGGGAGAAGCGGGGAAAAGUUUAGAUAAUUUAGAUGCCAAUGUUAAUAGUAGUAGUAGUAGUAGUACUGUGAAAGGUGAUUAAAAAAUAGUGAGAUAUAAAUAGUCAAUAAAUUAAAUUUUACAAAUUAAAUAAAUUUUACAAAUUAAAA